GCAUUUUCCUAGGAAGAUGAAUAAAAGUCAGUCAUAGUUCUCCUUGACUGGAAAUUUCCACCGAGGAAAGAAGAAAUAACAGUCAAUUCAAGAAGAAAUCAAUGAAAUUUCUUCAUUUGGAGAGAUUGGACCUUCUCAACGCUACAGUUUUUGGUCUUUGAGAAAAACUCAUUUCAAUUCAACUGCCUUCUCCCACGACUCGUUUCUUUUAAUUUUAAAGCAGAAGAACAACUCCUGAAAGUUUCUCAUCUACCUUUCCUGGAAACAACAGAAAAUGGGUAAUCUAUUGUGUUGUGUACAAGUUGACCAGUCGAAAGUUGCUAUUAAGGAAAGAUUCGGCAAGUUUGAGGAAGUUCUUGACCCAGGAUGUCAUUGCCUACCAUGGUUUCUUGGUAGUCAAAUUGCUGGUCAUCUCACCCUAAGGGUUCAACAGUUGGAUGUCAAAUGCGAGACUAAGACAAAGGAUAAUGUAUUUGUCAAUGUUGUUGCAUCUAUACAAUAUCGAGCUUUAGCAGAGAAGGCAAGUGAUGCAUUCUACAAACUGAGCAAUACGAGGGGCCAAAUCCAAGCCUAUGUUUUUGACGUAAUCAGAGCUAGUGUUCCAAAGCUCAUUUUGGAUGAUGUUUUCGAGCAAAAGAACGAUAUUGCUAGAGCAGUUGAAGAAGAACUUGAAAAGGCUAUGUCUGCUUACGGAUAUGAGAUUGUUCAAACACUCAUUGUUGAUAUAGAACCAGAUGUGAAUGUGAAGCGGGCAAUGAAUGAAAUCAAUGCUGCUGCAAGGCUACGGUUGGCAGCCACAGACAAGGCAGAGGCUGAGAAGAUUUUACAGAUUAAGAGAGCAGAGGGUGAGGCUGAAUCUAAAUACCUCGCUGGACUGGGUAUUGCUCGGCAACGUCAAGCCAUUGUUGAUGGUCUCAGAGACAGCGUAGUAGGGUUCUCAACUAAUGUUCCUGGGACCUCUGCGAAGGACGUUAUGGACAUGGUUCUAGUAACACAAUACUUCGACACAAUGAAAGAAAUCGGUGCGCACUCUAAAUCUUCUGCAGUGUUUAUCCCUCAUGGGCCUGGUGCUGUUCGUGACGUGGUAACUCAGAUUCGUGACGGCCUACUUCAGGGAUCUUCUGCUCACAUUCCAUAAAGGGAUGAUUUAGUCUCCGGCCAGCUCUAGUCUCAUUCACCCCAAACUGCAGCAACCAAAGGGAUACCUCCUUUUUUUAGUGCUCAAUUGUAGGUGUGUGUAUAUUCAUGUUUCCAUUCAUCACCACUUUGCUUUUUGUUGCAUUUGCAUAUGUUAUGUUUGCCCUUUGGGAUUAAUAUAGUGUGACCAAUUGUUUUGUAUAUGGAAGGAUGGUGAGUAUCACGAUACGAUCACUUGAACCGCCUGGUGUUGCUCACCCUGGUGGGUGAUUAGGUGCACCAUGUUUUCGCAGAGUAUGGGUCCAUCCAGGUUGUUUAAGUAAUGAUGUAACAUCGGAAGGGAUAGACCCCUCCUUUUUGUGGCAC